CUGUCGUUCAUCCUGCAGCAGUAAGACGUUCAUCACUGCUUGAACUUUCCAGGGAAGUCCAUGUUGAUCCGCAAACUCCUGAACUGCUUCCAAAUGCCUGAUGUCAACCCCUUUAUGGCAACCGACAGGUUUUGUUUGGAUAACCCAUAAGAAAGCAAGGAAAAUGGGACCAGAAAUAAGAGCCGUUGUUCUGGGGUGGCAGAACAAAGCCUCUGACAAAGCCUCAGUGAUAAACAGCAUUUUAGAUGAUGAAGUUGAGACUGACAUAUACUUUGUGAAAUCUGUGAGGAAAGAUGGUGAAGUGAAUGGAAGGAAGAUAACUCUGAUCAACACUGUAUGUUGGUGGGAGAAUUUUGAUUUGAAAGACUCACCAGAGGUUGUUAAACAGGAACUGGUUUGCAGUGUCUUCCUGUGUGAACCAGGACCUCACGUCUUUCUCAUAGUCAUUAACCUCAGCUUGCCUUUUACUGAAGAAAACAGACUCAGCAUCGAAGAACACCUUGGUCUCUUUGGUGAGAGAAUCUGGAAACACACCAUAGUGAUCUUUACAGGAGCUGAUUCAGUGAAGGACAAAUCCACUGAGCAGCACAUACAGAAUCAAGGAGAAGAUCUUCAGGUGAUCUUACAGAGAUGUGGAGGAAGAUAUCAUGCCUUUGAUUUCAGAAACAAAAGUGAUGCAGUCAAAGAACUGCUUGUCAAGAUUGAUGAUGUUGUGGCAGCAAACGAUGGCAAGCAUUUUGAAACACAUGAUGACGUGCUGCUUGACUUUCAGAGGAAGAGAAAUAAAAACAAAGAAAAAGCAGAAUCCAGACAAAAAACAGUUCAGGACAAAAGACACCUGCUGAAAAAACUAAAUGCUGUGGCUCCGCUCUCAGAACUGAGAAUUGUUCUGCUGGGUUGGAUUCUGUCUGGGAAGAGUUCAACCGCAAACACCAUCAUCAAUCAAGAAAUAUUUCCAAUAGGAAGAACACGAAAGUGCACAAGUCACACUGGUGUAGUCAAUGGCAGAUCAGUAACUGUGAUGGACACUCCGGGCUGGUGGAAGUAUUUCUUCGACCCAGAAUACAGACGGGCUGCAAUCCUGGAGAAUGUAGGCCAGUCGGAACAAAUGCAGUUCCCUCACGCCAUGAUCUUGGUGAUUCCUGGUGAAACUUCAUUCAAGCCUGAACAGAAAAGAAUCGUUAAAGAGUACAUGGCCACUCUUGGAGAAGACGUCUGGAAACACACCAUAGUUCUGUUCACGUGGAGUGACAGAUUUCCAGAUAUCUCAAUCGAGCAGCACAUUGAGAGUGAAGGUGAAGAUCUUCAGUGGCUGAUUCAGAAAUGCAGGAACAGAUAUCAUGUCUUUGACAACUCAAACAAGAAUAACCGAGAUCAAGUCACAGAGUUGCUCCAGAAGAUUGAUGAGAUGAUGGCAGAAAACAGUCUGUUCUGCCUCAACCCUCAAUGUGCUGCAGAAGAAAACAUUCAUGAUACUGACACACAACAAGAUGAAGAAAUAAGUCUGGAUGUUGAUCAUGUGCUGCAAUUACUACAGCAGGAAUUUAACAACAGGUUUAUUGAGGUCAAAAGUAAACUAAAACACUUAGGGAUGGAUUUCACUGGAUCUAUGGAGACCAGAAGUCACCGUAGCAUGCCAGACCCUCCAGAAUUCUCAGCUGAUGAGAAGCUCAUGGAGAAGAUAAGGAGAGAAGGAAGCAGAUGGGAAGCAAUUUUAAUGGAUGCGUGCAUGGACAUUCAGAAUCCUGAAGCAUCAUUGGAUUGGCAUGAGAAGGUGUCGAGUUGGCUUCCAAGAUGUGAUGAAUACAGCUCAAGUGAAUCUGGAACAAGCUCCAACAUCCGCAGUCCAGAAGACCCAGAGCCCAGUUGUAUAAAAAGACGUAGAAAACAGUUUGCAGAAUGAAGCACUGUUUAAACAUGUUUUAUACACAUGCGGUUUACAAACGUUUUUGUUUUGAAUGCAUGUAAUAAUUAUCUGAGGAGUAGCUCACAUGUUAACGUUUCUAAUUAAUAAUUGGUAUUUUUGUAUAUCUAAAACUAUAUCACUUUAAAUUUUCAUGAAAUUACAAUAAGUAAUCUGAAUGACUGGACAGUCACGUUUAGUUUCAGUUUCAUUUUUAUGGACUUUCGUUUGCUUCUGUUUUCCAGCUUUCUUUGGUUUUGUUUGCUCAAUAAAGGUAAACAGUUCUACUGAUACGAGUGUGUGUGAACUGAGCACUUGAAUGAAGGGGCCAAAGGAAUGUUUUUAUGGUUUCUCAUGGUUUAUGUAAAAAUGUGAGCUAGAGCUAAAAUGUGACUAGUUUGUUGACUUGAUAUGCUUUAGACAUGUAAAACAUCCACGUUUCACAUUAUUAUUGGGUGAUUGCGUAAACGAACUAUAGUGAAAUGAACCAGUUCAUUGAAACGAACUGUCUGGCACCAAAAGUGGGUUUGCUGACCCUAUAAAAUGUCAAAGAAGAAAAAACAUUUUCCUGAGGCUCUGGAUUACAGGUAAUAAUGUUGUAAAUACUGUUCAGUUUCUUGAACAUUAUAAAUGGGAAAAGGACUGAUGGAGAAGUUAAAAGUCUUCAGAAAGUUCUGUGAACACAUUCUAACAGUUACAAGGCUACACUGGAGAUGAAAGUGAUCAAUAUGCUUUAUAAACUAAAGAAUGAAGAGGAGCUCACACAUCACCAGUUACUUUAUAAAACAUUGUGAAAAUUUAUGUU